AGGUUGCUGGGUACGUGGGUGAAGAACAGUUGGGGCAAGCUUUGGAAGGAUCUGAUGUUGUCAUCAUUCCAGCUGGUGUGCCAAGGAAGCCUGGCAUGACCCGUGAUGAUCUUUUCAACAUCAAUGCUGGGAUUGUCAAGAACCUCUGUACUGCAAUUGCUAAAUACUGCCCCAAUGCACUGAUUAAUAUGAUAAGCAACCCUGUCAACUCAACGGUCCCAAUUGCAGCUGAGGUUUUCAAGAAGGCAGGGACUUACGAUGAGAGGAAAUUGUUUGGUGUAACUACACUUGAUGUUGUUAGAGCCAAGACUUUCUAUGCUGGCAAGGCUAAAGUACCUGUUGCAGAUGUUAAUGUGCCAGUUGUUGGUGGUCAUGCUGGCAUAACUAUUCUCCCACUAUUUUCUCAAGCCACACCAAAAGCUAAUUUGUCAGAUGAAGAAAUCAAGGCUCUCACAAAGCGUACACAGGAUGGAGGGACAGAAGUUGUUGAAGCAAAGGCAGGAAAGGGUUCUGCAACAUUGUCAAUGGCCUAUGCUGGCGCCAUUUUUGCUGAUGCUUGCCUAAAGGGACUCAAUGGUGUUCCUGAUGUUGUGGAAUGUUCAUUUGUUCAAUCAACUGUCACCGAACUUCCUUUCUUUGCGUCCAAGGUGAGGCUUGGAAAGAACGGUGUGGAUGGAGUUCUGGGAUUAGGCCCUCUCUCUGACUACGAGAAGCAAGGCUUGGAAGGCCUUAUACCUGAAUUGAAAGCAUCAAUCGAGAAAGGAAUCAAAUUUGCCAACCAGUAAUAGCAAAAACAGUUCAUUGCAUUCAAACCAAUGAAAAUUUUGGAUUUUUUUAUCAAAACUGCUGUAUCUCAUGCUGCUAGUGGCACCGGCUAUGCUGUUGCAAGUAGGGUAGGCCUUACGAACCACGAGUUAAUGUUCAAUAAUUCUCAUUCCAUGUCAUUGGAAUGCUUAUGAACACCUUUUAACCUGAAGGUGAGGGUUUUAAUUCAUUUAUUACAAGUCAAAAUAUUCAGGCAUCUCCUGGUAU